AAACAAGAAAAAUAUUUUGACGUUGAUUCGAUCCAUCUUCUUUGAUUUUCACGCGUUUAUGAUCUUCUUCUCCUCCCUCCAUUCCCACAUAUAUAUCCGUCUCAUCCACGUAUUUUCAUUCCAAGUAACCAUCCUUUGAUCUUCCCCAUUAUCUUGGAAUCACCUCGUGAAUCUAUACCCAAUUAAGUUCCCUCGAUCUCUCGAGCUACAACCGUUUUGACUUGAUCCGUCAUUGUUGAAGCCAUGGGUAAUUGUUGCGGCUCUGCGGGAUCGUUAGCCAAUAACGAUAACAACAAGCCCACAAAAGGAAGGAAGAAGCAAAACCCUUUCUCCAUCGACUACGGUCUCCACCACGGCAAUAACAACGGAGGAGUAAAGGUAAAACCUCUCAAGCUUAUCGUGCUAACGGAUCCAACAGGACGCGAGAUCUCGCAGAAAUACAAGCUGGGGAGAGAGCUAGGCCGUGGAGAGUUCGGUGUCACGUACCUAUGCACCGACAAAGAGACCGAAGAGGUCUUCGCGUGUAAGUCGAUUCUGAAGAAGAAGCUGAGGACGGCUGUGGAUAUAGAGGAUGUUAGGAGAGAAGUUGAGAUCAUGAGGCAUAUGCCUGAGCAUCCCAAUGUUGUUACUUUGAAGGAGACUUAUGAGGAUGAGAUUGCUGUUCAUUUGGUUAUGGAGCUUUGUGAAGGUGGGGAGUUGUUUGAUAGGAUUGUGGCGAGAGGGCAUUACACUGAGAGAGCUGCUGCUGUUGUGACUAAGACCAUCAUGGAAGUUGUUCAGGUGUGUCAUAAACAUGGGGUAAUGCACAGGGACCUGAAACCUGAGAACUUCUUAUUUGCAAACAAGAAGGAGACUGCACCUCUUAAGGCCAUUGAUUUUGGUCUCUCUGUCUUCUUCAAACCAGGCGAGAGGUUCAACGAGAUCGUUGGGAGUCCGUACUACAUGGCUCCUGAGGUGCUAAAACGAAACUAUGGGCCAGAGGUUGACAUUUGGAGUGCAGGUGUUAUUCUUUACAUACUUCUCUGUGGUGUCCCUCCUUUCUGGGCAGAAACUGAACAAGGAGUUGCACUAGCAAUUAUUCGAUCUCAACUGAACUUCAGAAGGGAUCCAUGGCCUAAGGUUUCUGAAAACGCAAAAGACCUUAUCAGGAAAAUGCUUGAUCCUGACCAAAAACGUCGUCUCACAGCUCAGCAAGUGCUAGAUCAUCCGUGGUUACAAAAUGCAAAGACAGCUCCCAAUGUGUCAUUAGGUGAAACAGUAAGGGCAAGGCUGAAGCAGUUCACAGUCAUGAACAAGCUCAAGAAACGAGCACUCAGGGUUAUUGCUGAGCAUUUAUCAGAUGAAGAAGCUUCUGGUAUAAGAGAAGGGUUCCAAAUCAUGGACACCAACCAAAGAGGGAAGAUAAACAUUGACGAGCUAAAAAUAGGGUUGCAAAAACUUGGCCAUGCUGUUCCUCAAGAUGAUUUACAGAUUCUUAUGGACGCUGGAGAUAUUGAUAAAGAUGGAUACUUGGACUGUGACGAGUUCAUUGCCAUAUCAGUGCAUCUCAGGAAAAUGGGCAAUGAUGAGCAUCUCAAGAAAGCGUUUGCAUUCUUUGAUCAAGACAACAACGGGUAUAUUGAAAUAGAAGAGUUAAGGGAAGCUUUGUCUGAUGAAGUUGGUACAAGUGAAGAGGUUGUUGAAGCCAUUAUCCGUGAUGUUGAUACCGAUAAGGAUGGAAGAAUAAGUUAUGAAGAAUUUGCGACAAUGAUGAAAACAGGAACAGAUUGGAGAAAAGCUUCUAGGCAGUACUCAAGGGAACGGUUUAAUAGUAUCAGUCAAAAACUGAUGCAAGAUGCAUCGUUGCAUGUCAAUAGCGAGGCAAUAUGAGAGAGUGUGAAUAUGUGAGAAUCAUCAUUGGAAGAUUGGAUCAAAAUGAUGCAAAUAUUUCUUCAUUUCUUUAUAUUUUUUUGGGUUUUUAGUUACACUACGAUUUUAAGUAUAUUAGGCAUCCAAUAGUAUAACGAAUUGUGUUUUUAUUCUGGCUGACAAGCAAAGCGUGCAUGCAUGGAUCAAAGAGAGCUAUAGAGUAGUGUGGCCUCUGUAGAUAUUUUGUAUAAUUGUAUGGGGUUAAAGAAGAUCAAAGAAGAUCAUCAGUUUUUCUUGUGAUAAUCUGUAAUUUCUAUAGCAAUUCAAGAAUUAUAUGCGAAACUGAA